AUGGCCGGGGCCUCAGUGAAGGUGGCGGUGCGCGUCCGCCCCUUCAACUCCCGGGAGAUGAGCCGCGAGUCCAAGUGCAUCAUCCAGAUGUCGGGGAGCACCACCACCAUCGUUAACCCCAAACAGCCCAAGGAGACACCCAAAAGCUUCAGCUUCGACUACUCCUACUGGUCACACACAUCGCCAGAAGACAUCAACUACGCCUCCCAGAAGCAGGUGUACCGCGACAUCGGCGAGGAGAUGCUACAGCACGCCUUCGAAGGCUACAACGUCUGCAUCUUCGCCUACGGACAGACUGGGGCUGGCAAGUCCUACACCAUGAUGGGCAAGCAGGAGAAGGACCAGCAGGGCAUCAUCCCGCAGCUCUGUGAGGACCUCUUCUCCCGCAUCAAUGACACCACCAACGAUAACAUGUCCUACUCUGUGGAGGUCAGCUACAUGGAGAUUUACUGCGAGCGUGUCCGUGACCUCCUGAACCCCAAGAACAAGGGCAACCUGCGUGUGCGGGAGCACCCGCUGCUGGGUCCCUACGUGGAGGACCUGUCCAAGCUGGCGGUCACCUCCUACAAUGACAUCCAAGACCUCAUGGACUCAGGGAACAAGGCCCGGACGGUGGCAGCCACGAACAUGAACGAGACCAGCAGCCGCUCCCAUGCCGUGUUCAACAUCAUCUUCACGCAGAAGCGCCAUGAUGCGGAGACCAACAUAACCACAGAGAAAGUGAGCAAAAUCAGCCUGGUGGACCUGGCUGGGAGUGAGCGGGCUGACUCCACGGGGGCCAAGGGCACACGCCUGAAGGAGGGAGCCAACAUCAACAAGUCCCUGACCACCCUGGGCAAGGUCAUCUCUGCGCUGGCCGAGAUGGAUUCGGGGCCCAACAAGAACAAGAAAAAGAAGAAGACAGACUUCAUUCCCUACAGAGACUCGGUGCUGACCUGGCUCCUCCGGGAAAACCUAGGCGGGAACUCCAGGACCGCGAUGGUAGCGGCGCUGAGCCCUGCGGACAUCAACUAUGACGAGACGCUGAGCACCCUGAGGUACGCUGACCGGGCCAAGCAGAUCCGCUGCAACGCCGUCAUUAACGAGGACCCCAACAACAAGCUGAUCCGAGAGCUGAAGGACGAGGUGACGCGGCUGCGGGACCUGCUCUACGCCCAGGGUCUGGGCGACAUCACCGACACCAGCACUGUGCCCGGAGGACCCAGAUACGUGUCCGACCUUGAGAACAAUAACCGUAACCGUGGCGGGGUGGAGCUGAACCCAGCCCCUGACAAUCUCUCCACAGUGACCAACGCCCUGGUGGGCAUGAGCCCCUCGUCCUCACUCUCGGCCCUGUCCAGCCGCGCCGCCUCCGUGUCCAGCCUGCACGAGCGCAUCUUGUUUGCCCCGGGCAGUGAGGAGGCCAUCGAAAGGCUGAAGGAGACAGAAAAGAUAAUCGCUGAGCUCAAUGAGACCUGGGAGGAGAAGCUGCGGCGGACAGAAGCCAUCCGGAUGGAGAGGGAAGCGCUGCUGGCCGAGAUGGGCGUGGCCAUGCGGGAGGACGGUGGCACGCUGGGGGUGUUCUCUCCCAAAAAGACGCCACAUCUGGUCAACCUGAACGAGGACCCCCUCAUGUCCGAGUGCCUGCUCUACUAUAUCAAGGACGGGAUCACCAGGGUGGGCCGGGAGGACGCGGAGAAGCGGCAGGACAUUGUUCUGAGCGGGCACUUCAUCAAGGAGGAGCACUGUGUCUUCCGGAGCGAUUCCCGCGGGGGAAGCGAAGCUGUGGUGACCCUAGAGCCCUGUGAAGGGGCGGACACCUAUGUCAACGGCAAGAAAGUCACGGAGCCCAGCGUCCUGCGGUCAGGAAACCGCAUCAUCAUGGGCAAGAGCCACGUGUUCCGGUUCAACCACCCCGAGCAGGCGCGGCAGGAGCGCGAGCGCACGCCCUGCGCGGAGACGCCGGCCGAGCCCGUGGACUGGGCCUUCGCGCAGCGCGAGCUGCUGGAGAAGCAGGGCAUCGACAUGAAGCUAGAGAUGGAGCAGAGGCUCCAGGAGCUGGAGGACCAGUAUCGCAGGGAGCGCGAGGAGGCCACCUACCUGCUGGAGCAGCAGCGGCUGGACUACGAGAGCAAGCUGGAGGCCCUGCAGAAGCAGAUGGACUCCAGGUACUACCCCGAGGUGAACGAGGAGGAGGAGGAGCCCGAGGAUGAAGUCCAGUGGACCGAGCGGGAAUGCGAGCUGGCACUGUGGGCCUUCCGAAAGUGGAAGUGGUACCAGUUCACAUCGCUGCGGGACCUGCUGUGGGGCAACGCCAUAUUCCUCAAGGAGGCCAACGCCAUCAGCGUGGAGCUCAAGAAGAAGGUCCAGUUCCAGUUUGUCCUCCUCACGGACACACUCUACUCCCCGCUGCCACCUGACCUGCUGCCCCCGGAGGCCGCCAAAGACCGAGAGACUCGCCCCUUCCCACGCACCAUCGUGGCCGUGGAGGUCCAGGACCAGAAGAACGGGGCCACCCACUACUGGACGCUGGAGAAACUCAGGCAGCGGCUGGACCUGAUGCGGGAGAUGUAUGACCGGGCAGCCGAGGUGCCCUCCAGCGUCAUCGAGGACUGUGACAACGUGGUGACUGGGGGAGACCCCUUCUACGACCGCUUCCCCUGGUUCCGGCUGGUGGGCAGUUCAGUCGUCUCUGGCUGCAACAGCUACCCUCUUCUCAACACAUGCAUGAGCGAGCGCAUGGCUGCUCUCACCCCCUCCCCCACCUUCUCGAGCCCCGACUCCGACGCCACCGAGCCUGCCGAGGAGCAGAGCGUGGGGGAGGAGGAGGAGGAGGAGGAGGAGGAGGAGGAGGACCUGCAGGACGACGUCUUUCCGGAGCACGUGCUGUGCGACGGCCGGGACCCGUUUUACGACCGGCCCCCCCUGUUCAGUUUAGUAGGAAGGGCCUUCGUGUACCUCAGCAACCUGCUGUACCCCGUACCGCUGGUGCACCGCGUGGCCGUCGUCAGCGAGAAGGGCGAGGUGAAGGGCUUCCUGCGCGUGGCUGUCCAGGCCAUCUCAGCUGAUGAGGAGGCCCCUGACUAUGGCUCCGGCGUCCGCCAGUCGGGAACAGCCAAAAUCUCCUUUGACGACCAGCAUUUUGAGAAGUUCCAGGCCGAGUCCUGCCCUGGGGUGGGCAUGUCCCGCUCAGGGACCUCCCAGGAGGAGCUGCGGAUUGUGGAAGGCCAGGGCCAGGCUGCAGACUCUGGGCCCUCAGCCGACGAGGUCAACAACAACACCUGCUCAGCGGUGACCCCGGAAAGCCUCCUGGACAGUCCCGAGAAAGCCGCCCUGGACGGGCCCCUGGACACCGCCCUGGACCACCUCGGCCUGGGCAGCACCUUCACCUUCCGCGUGACUGUCCUGCAAGCGUCCAGCAUCUCUGCUGAAUACGCUGACAUCUUCUGCCAGUUCAACUUCAUCCAUCGCCAUGACGAGGCCUUCUCUACGGAGCCCCUGAAGAACACGGGGAGGGGACCCCCGCUCGGCUUCUACCACGUCCAAAACAUCGCGGUGGAGGUGACCAGGUCCUUCAUCGAGUACAUCAAGAGCCAGCCCCUCGUGUUCGAGGUCUUCGGGCACUACCAGCAGCACCCAUUCCCGCCCCUCUGCAAGGACGUGCUCAGCCCCCUGAGGCCCUCUCGCCGCCACUUCCCACGGGUCAUGCCACUGUCCAAGCCAGUGCCAGCCACCAAGCUCAGCACGCUGACGCGACCCUGCCCAGGCCCCUGCCACUGCAAGUACGACCUGCUGGUCUACUUUGAGAUCUGCGAGCUGGAGGCCAACGGCGACUACAUCCCGGCAGUGGUGGACCACCGUGGCGGGAUGCCGUGCAUGGGGACCUUCCUGCUCCACCAGGGCAUCCAGAGACGGAUCACCGUGACCCUUCUGCACGAGACAGGCAGCCACAUCCGCUGGAAGGAAGUGCGGGAGCUGGUGGUGGGUCGCAUCCGAAACACCCCGGAAACGGACGAGUCCCUGAUCGACCCUAACAUCUUGUCGCUCAGCAUCCUCUCGUCCGGAUACAUCUGCCCGGCCCAGGAUGACCGGCAGUUUCUUGAUUCGGACAUGCCUAGAACCUUUUACCAGUUUGAGGCUGCGUGGGACAGCUCCAUGCACAACUCCCUCCUGCUGAACCGGGUCACCCCUUACAGAGAGAAGAUUUACAUGACCCUCUCUGCUUAUAUUGAGAUGGAGAGCUGCGCGCAGCCGGCCGUGAUCACCAAGGACUUCUGCAUGGUCUUCUACUCACGAGAUGCCAAGCUGCCCGCCUCGCGCUCCAUCCGCAACCUGUUCGGCAGUGGAAGCCUGCGGGCCUCGGAGAGCAACCGCGUGACGGGCGUGUACGAGCUGAGUCUGUGCCACGUGGCUGACGCGGGCAGCCCAGGCAUGCAGCGGCGGCGCCGGCGAGUGCUGGACACGUCCGUGGCCUACGUCCGCGGCGAGGAGAACCUGGCGGGCUGGAGGCCACGUAGCGACAGCCUCAUCCUGGACCACCAGUGGGAGCUGGAGAAGCUGAGUCUCCUGCAGGAGGUCGAGAAGACCAGGCACUACCUGCUGCUGCGGGAGAAGCUGGAGGCGGCCCAGCGGCCCGGCCCCGAGGCACUGUCCCCCGCCUCCAGCGAGGACUCCGAGGCCCCCGGCUCCUCCAGCGCCUCCUCCCCGCUCACGGUUGAGGCCCGGCCGGCAUCCCUAGAGGCACCCAGCGAGCGUCAGCGGGAGCUGGCUUUCAAGUGCUUACGGCUCCUCACCCACUCCUUCAACAGAGAGUACACCCACAGCCACGUCUGCAUCAGCGCCAGCGAGAGCAAGCUCUCCGAGAUGUCGGUCACCCUGCUGCGGGACCCGUCCAUGUCCCCGCUGGGGGCCACCACGCUCACCCCCUCCUCCACCUGCCCCUCCCUGAUCGAGGGCCGGUAUGGGGCUGCCGACCUGAGGACCCCACAGCCCUGCUCCCGGCCGGCCAGCCCGGAGCCUGAGCCCCUGCCCGAGGUGGAUGCCAAGAAGCCCCCCUCCCCUGCCCGGGCGGCGGAAGCCGACAAGGAGCCCCAGCGCCUGCUGGUGCCUGACAUCCAGGAAAUCCGCGUCAGCCCCAUCGUCUCCAAGAAGGGCUACCUGCACUUCCUGGAGCCGCACACGGCCGGCUGGGCCAAGCGCUUCGUGGUGGUGCGGCGGCCCUACGCCUACAUGUACAAUAGUGACAAGGACGCCGUGGAGCGGUUCGUGCUCAACCUGUCCACCGCCCAAGUGGAGUACAGUGAGGAUCAGCAGGCGAUGCUCAAGACCCCCAACACGUUCGCGGUGUGCACGGAGCACCGGGGCAUCUUGCUGCAGGCCAGCAGCGACAAGGACAUGCACGACUGGCUGUACGCCUUCAACCCACUGCUGGCCGGGACCAUACGGUCCAAGCUGUCCAGAAGGAGGUCUGCCCAGAUGCGGGUCUGA